ACCAAAACAUCUAGUACUACUACUUUCAAACACGGUCUGUAAAGGUGUUCUUACACAGAUUCUGGUGCAUCCGUGGAUCAAAGAAAAGUCUCGUCCGGAGUUGAGAUUCCCUUACGCCGGCGAAGAUUAAUCGGAAACUUCUCAGAUCGGACGAAAAGAAGAGACCUCGAUGACGAGCAGAUUGAAGAGCUACAAGAGGAAGAGGCUAGGGUUAGCCACAGUCAUCGCCUUCUGUGCUCUCUGUUUCCUCAUCGGCUUCUACUCUUCUGCUCUGCUUUCUCAGAAUGUGUCUGGAGUUAGACCCAGGUUGAGAAUGCUUGAGAUGAUGAAAAACGGUGAAGUAGAAGAAGAAGAAGCUUCAUCGAUGCCUCAUGGUGUUACUGGAGAUGAAUCCGUUGGGUCGAUUCCGUUUCAGGUACUGAGUUGGAAGCCGAGGGCUUUAUACUUUCCGAAUUUCGCAACUGCAGAACAAUGCCAAGCUAUUAUUGAGAGAGCAAAGGUUAAUCUGAAACCUUCUGCUUUGGCUCUCCGGCAAGGAGAAACUGCCGAGAGCACUCAGGGCACUAGAACUAGCUCUGGAACUUUUGUUAGUGCUUCAGAAGAGAGUACUGGUGCUCUGGAAUUUGUUGAAAAGAAAAUCGCAAGAGCUACGAUGAUCCCAAGGACCCAUGGAGAGGCAUUCAAUAUUUUAAGGUAUGAACUUGGCCAAAAGUAUGAUUCCCACUAUGAUGUUUUCAACCCAGCAGAAUAUGGACCACAAACAAGCCAAAGGAUUGCUUCCUUCCUAUUGUACUUAUCUGAUGUAGAAGAAGGCGGUGAAACCAUGUUCCCUUUUGAGAACGGUGCUAAUAUGGGCGAUGGAUAUGAUUACAAGCAAUGUGUGGGGCUAAAAGUAAAACCUCGGAAAGGAGAUGGUCUUCUUUUUUAUUCAGUGUUUCCUAAUGGAACAAUUGAUCAGACUUCGCUUCACGGGAGUUGCCCGGUGACCAAAGGAGAGAAAUGGGUAGCGACCAAAUGGAUCAGAGACCAAAAGCAAGAAUAAAAGGAUUUCAUCUUUUAUGUAUGUAUCUCAGGGCUUCUAUCUUUUGCCUGAAAAAAAUUCUUGAUCUGUUAUUGUUAUGUACAGUUCUUCAACAAGACAGUGUAACUAUUGGGUUUAUUUAUAUACAAUGUGACGCAGUCCUAGAUCAU